AUGGCAGAAACAUCUGGUACUACGAUGUCCUCUGAAGGCGCCAAAUCCGUCAUGUCCAACGACAUGAAAGAGCUCAACGAAGGGAAGGAACACACCUCCAACGAGAUUAGAGGGCAUAAGGCCAAUCUUGCGAAUCCGAAUACAAGUGAGAAAUCCAAGGAACACAGCGAAAAGAUGAUUGAAGAGCUGGGAGGAAGCAAGACGCAGGAGGCGAUUAGGAAUAAACCUGUUAUCUCCGAGCUUUUGAGCUCUGCCGCUCAAUUCCGGGAGAUCGGUGGACCUUCGUAUGAAAGAUUCUUGCAAAUCGACGAGCUACACAGACAGCUCCAGAACCUCAAGGGUGAGCCGCUCUUAUGCUUCAUUGGAACCCCGUGA